AUGGCCUCGACACUCAUUGCUUGCUUCGCCGUGUUGGCAUUGGUCUUCUUUCCGGACUUCUACCCAUUCACCAGUCCAUUGACUGCAUGGCGACUGGCGAGCAAGGCGCCGGGACAAGAGGAGACUGCUGGAGUGAGCAAAGCAUGGGACCUUCGCUACCAUCUCGGCGGCAAUGGGCCUUGGAUCCCUAAGCUCAAUGGCACCACUGGGGGUAAUAUCAAUGUACCGAAAGGCUGUAAAGUCGAGCAAGUGCAUAUGAUAUCAAGACAUGCUGAACGGUACCCGACAGUACCGGCAGGCUUGAAGAUGCUUGAUCUGUACAAUCGGAUACAGGAAGCAAACGUGACACUCCACGGCGACCUCGCGUUCGCCAACGACUGGAACUUCUUCACCUCGACACCAGCAGAUCACUUCGAGAGCCUUGUUUCCACGGGCAUAUACGCUGGCACCCUGGAAGCUUUUCAAACCGGUGUCAAGCUCAGGACGAGGUACAAAGAUCUUCUGGAUGACACGCUUAUCAAGGGCCGGCUUUCGUUCUGGGCGAGCGAUUCUGAACGCGUGGUUGAUACCGCACAAUACUUCGCCGCCGGCUGCUUCGGGAUCGACUGGCAAGAUCUCGCAACUCUUCACAUUAUCCCGGAGACUACUGACCGUGGAGGCGAUACUCUCACGCCUGGACGAACGUGCUUGCGUUAUCGCGAAGACAUGGACGGCUUCGGCCACGGCUAUGGCUACAGGAUGACGGACGAGUUCCGAAGCACCUACGAGCCGACCGUGGUGAAUCGACUGGCGGAGGACAAUCCAGACUUCCUGUUCGUGGAAGACGAGAUCUUCACCAUGCAGCUGAUGUGUGGCUUCGAGACGAUAUCCAAAGGCAGCAGUCCUUGGUGCGCCGUCUUCACUCAAGAAGAAAUGGAGAGCUUCGAAUACGCUCGUGACGUGAUACACUACUACCGAGCUGGCCCUGGCAACCCAUACAGCGCCUCGCUGGGCUGGCUGUGGUUGAACGCUACCGCGAACUUGCUCAGAGAAGGGCCUGAAGUGGGACAGAUGUUGCUUAGCUUUGUCCACGAUGGCGACAUUAUCCCUCUGCUUUCAGCACUUGACUUGCUACAACAGACUCCGGACCUCCCAGUAGCGUACGUCCUUCACAACCGCACCUGGAGAACAUCAGACAUCGUCCCAAUGGGCGGCCGUCUGAUCUUCGAGCGGCUGUCUUGCGCCCAGCAGCCGCACUGCUGGUCCAACGCUCCAUUCUACCCGAACCACGUUUACUGCGAGGAACAGAAAGACGAGAUCUUCGUGAGGCUCAAUAUCAACGAUGGCAUCGUCGCGAUCCCAGAAUGUGACGACGGACCAGGGAGUAGCUGUCCGCUAGAGAUGUUUCUGUACCGCGUGUUGAAGCGUGGGAGCGAGAUUGAUGAGUUUAGGUAUAUCUGUGGGCUGGGUGCGGACGCCCCUAAUAGAAUAACGUUUCUGCAUCAAUAG